AUGGGGAGCAUUACCAACGGAGACGACGAGGCUCUGAUCCAUUCACUCUUCUCAGAAUCGUCAAUAAUAGAUGGGGCAGAAAAUCGAGAUGCUAAAGAACUUGCAUCAAGGUUCUGGGUCGAAUCAAAGAAUCUUUGGCACAUUGUCGGCCCAGCCAUCUUCAGCCGUGUCGUAAACUACUCCACGAACGUCAUCAGUCAAGCUUUUGGUGGCCACCUCGGCGUCGCGGAACUCGCUGCCAUUUCCAUCGCCAUAAAUGUCAUCCUCGGCUUCAGUUUCGGCCUCCUGUUAGGGAUGGCGAGCGCAUUGGAGACACUGUGUGGUCAGGCUUUUGGGGCAAAGAGGUACGACAUGUUGGGCAUAUACAUGCAAAGGGCAUGGAUUGUGCUCUUCCUCUGCUGCAUUCUACUCUUGCCCAUUUACAUUUUUGCCGCUCCGAUUCUGAAACUCUUAGGACAGUCCGACGAAGUUGCAGAGUUGUCGGAGUUGGUGGCUCUCUGGCUCUUAUCGUUGCUCUUCGGCUUUGGGUUUCUGUUCCCAGUGCAGCGGUUCUUGCAGUCCCAGCUCAAGACCUUUGUGAUUGCUUGGGCGUCUUUGGCAGCUUUAAUAGUUAAUCUAUUGAGUACAUGGCUCGUCAUUUAUGUGUGGGAUUUGGGGGUUGUUGGUAUUAUUGUUGCUUUGGACAUCUCUUGGUGGGUUUCUGUCCUCGCAUUGUAUGGAUACGCCAUGUUUGGUGGAUGUCCUGAAACUUGGACUGGAUUCUCUUUUCAAGCCUUUUCGAGUCUCUGGGAAUUCAUCAAACUCUCUGUUUCUUCGGGAGUCAUGCUCUGCUUAGAGAACUUGAAGAAUGCCACUCUUGCCGUGGAUGCCUUGUCAAUCUGCAUGAGCAUCAAUGGGUGGAAGCUGAUGAUCCCUUUGAGUUUUUUCGCUGGUACCGGGAUCUGAACAUAUUGUCGUAUAGCAAUGGAGUGUGCAUCUUUGCAUAUCUAUUUUAUGCCAAGACAAUUGUUUUGUCUCGAAGCAAUGGCAACUUUCUGUUGUAGUGAAUCGUGAUGAUGUUUGGCCCAGUUUUCAAACAGA